GUUUGUUGUUUGUGAUUCACCUCUGCUAGGUUUCAAACAGAGUGUUUAUGGUCCGAUCCUUGUCAUACUUACUGUAUCGGCCUCUAUAUUUUGCUCAGUACAAUCUGUGACAAAGAAGAAGGAAAUGAUUUUGGUACAAGAUUCACCUGGUCAUAAUUUGCUCAGCAGACAUUGUUCAUCAACCUAGGUGACAAUGUUUUGAAAAUCAUCAAUAGCCAUGGCCUCCAGUGAUGAUGGUGGAAGUGACCUAUCAGACCCCCAAGGUGCGACAUCUAACGGUCUGUCUGAGCUGGGACCUCCCGGCGCUGCGGCCAGCAGGAUGAAGGCUGUUGACCCUGAGGAAAUGAUCAGCAAGGCUGCAGCUCACAAGGAGAAGGGGAAUGAACUGUACAAGCAGAAGAAAUACAAGGGGGCAAUAGGACAGUACCACAGAGCACUACUGUACCUUAAAACAUUGCAUAAGAGUGGGGGCCCAGGUGCUGCAGGUAGUGCUGCACUGGCCAUGCAGCAGGUGGCAGCCUUGUCAGGUGCAGAAGAUACUUCCACAACCUCAGAACAAGAUGCAGCCAUUGCAGAAUUGGAAGCCAACUGUUACAACAACUUGGCAGCAUGUCUACUCCAGGAACCUGAGGUGAAGUAUGCCAAGGUGAGCAGUUACUGUGCCCAAGUGCUGGAGAGGAAGCCGGGUAAUUCCAAGGCUCUGUACAGAUAUGGGCUGGCUCUGUACCACUCCAAAGACUAUGAUGGGGCACUCAGCAAGCUGCACCAAGCACUGCAACAGUCACCAAAUGAUGCCAAUGUUAAGCGCUACAUCAAGCUGACACAAGAGGGGCUAGCCAGACAAGUGCAGAGACAGAGGGCCAUGUACAAAGGGAUGUUUGACAGCAGCACACCUGCCUCAGGGGAUGCCCAGGUGGGCACAGGUGCUUCAGCUGGGGACAGGCAAGAGGAAGAUGUUGUCCUGACAAAUGCAGAUGGGAAGGGAAGAAAGGCAGAGGAAGAUAAAAGCAUCACAGACUCUAAUGGCAAUAAUGAUGCUGAUGCAUAGUCAUAUGGUCACUAGUGAUGUAUGCAUUAUUGACACUUCAAACAGUUCCACAGACUUUUUCAUGGGUUGGAAUAUCCAUGAAGAAUUCAAACUUGGAAGAAAAGAUCAAAUGACACGAGCCAUGUGUCAGCUGCCUCCAUGGCUGUUUUUGACACUCGAAAUGAGUAACAUUCAUUGGGGUCACAGGAAUGUCCCGGAGAGCCUUCCAUGUACUGUGCUGGAAAUGUCAAAGAGGGAAAGCAGUUUGCAUUAGACGCCAAUACCAGCACUAAGAUUUUUGCACAUGACAUCAGACAUGUAGUCUGGAACAGCCCUGGCAUCUGUGUUGAGAGCUGGUUGGAACAACGAAAAAACUUGACCUUACUGAAGCAGGUACUGAAGUGGCAGUGACAGAGAUAAUAGGAAAAAUUACUAGUAAAUGUGUAACACAGUAGACAGAGUUACACAAUCAUAUAUCUUGGUUCAUAGUUGAAGAAAAGUUCACAUUAUUCACUGUCACUUAUAUCAUGCACCACAAUAAAUGUAACUACAUGCAUUUUCACUGUUCACAUGUUUCUGUCAAUAUGCUAUUGUAUGUUGUCACAAGUUUUGCAACAUUAAUUAUAGUAAUAAACUGCUAUCAACCUUACCUGUUGUAGCAUUUUAUAUGCAAAUGCAACGAGUAAUGAAUAACUUGAGAGUCAUGAGUUGGCAUGUCAGAAUAGAUGGGACACAUUGGACAUGAAAAUGCUAAAACUACAUUUUGUGUUACCAUUAGUUCCUUUUGUAUUCAUAGUUAAGUCUCUGGAUGUUGUCUUUGAUGAUUUUUUUUCUACUUUUGUAUUAUGUUGGUACUUUCAGAGGCCUGCUUGGUACUAAAUUACAUUGAUAUGUUUGAUUUUGCUUUGAUCCUAUGAUGCUUUUUGGUUUAUGUUAUAACCAUUCCAUAUGAAAAUAUCUUAUAUGUAUUAUUCUUGCUUAUUGGUGUAGACAAAUGGAAUAUAACGUUAGAAUCUUUGUUGUUAUUAAAGUGCAGUGCCCCUGUUGGGCAUGUUCUAUGAUAGGUGUGAGGAUUGUAUCAGCUCCAUGCUCCAUCUUAGCCGGAUGGCUCCGAUUUGUAACAAAGCCGUUACAAAUCGGAUGGCACCCAGGCUAGCUCCAUCUCUGUGAUGUGAAAUGAUUAGAAGAGCAAGUGUUUGGAGCUGAGGUCCUGGUUGAAUAUGUUACAGAGCUAUAUUUCCUGAUGUAGGAAACCUGCAUGCAUGGUACCACAUACCAGUAGUCAAUGUUGCUUACCAGUUCAUAAAAUAAAGUGUUAUUUUUCUG